AUGUUCAGCUUUUUGAUGUGCUCUCUUUUGUUGAUUUCUACUUUAAUCUUGGCGGCCACCAGUUACGUAAUCUACGAGCCGGAAGGAUAUGACGAGGCCUACAUGAUGAAUCCAGCCUAUCUCAUGAAAAGAAGUCAAAGAGCUACUCCCUCCAUUCACCCGUACGACAUUAUCAGCCAACAAUUGCAGAUGAGCCGUUUGGGAAAA